AUGGAUCCCUCACCGACCGUGCCCUCAAACGCUCCUUUAUUGGACGUCCUCCUGCCUCUCCUGCCUCUCUUUUCUCAGUAUCUCGCCUUGCUAUCAGGUGCUAUAACGACGAGUAUUCGAGCAGUACAAUGGGCACUCAGCAAAGCCUCGUAUCCCGUCAUUCUUCUCUCCCCAUUUCCUGUAUUCAUCUAUGUCUUUGCGCCGCUCAUCGUAUUCACACAAGUGGCCCUGGACAUCGUGGUCUUCACUCCGGCGCGGACCAUCCUAUCCCUUCUUGAACUCGUCUACCCUCUUUAUGUCCUCAUGGGCAUCGCUUGCAUAACGGGAUUAUUAGUUGGUGGAAUUGGCAGACUGUUGACAUUGCGGAUACUGGUUUGGGGUAUUGCUUUACCCGUAGAGAGAAGUAAGGCAGGAUAA